AUGGAGAGACGAAUGAAAUGGCACCAGUCACUCCUGCUAACGUGGCUCUUGGCCGCAGAGAAGGUCUACUCAGCACCGCAGAUCACAUCAUCAGCGUCGACCUCGUUGAAGACUCAGUUCCCACCGGCCCAGAACGAGAGGCUACUUAUUCCGGAAGCGCAGGGUUAUUACCCCACCAGUCUCGAACGCGAAGGCCGUACGUCGCUACAACCUUAUCCGACAGUCACAAACGUGCCGCAUAAUCUCAACGACUUGCUGCAUGACUUAGAGAGUCCUGCAGACUUGCUUGAUAUUCUGUUGCCCGAUUUCAAAGACAGUGAUUCCGACUCCCCAGCGAGCGCGCCAACAACAGAUUCUACCUCAGGAGCAGACAGUCCGUUGCAUAGGCCGACUGGACACAGGCCCACCCCAACCCCUACAGACAUUGACGAGAACGACGACACCGACGACGAAGCGGAGGAUUUGGAUGAUAGCCCAACUUCUGUGUCCUCCACCGACAGGCCUUCGACUGCAACCCCGAAUCCGACUGAUUCUGACACCGAGCCAAGCGAAACUUCUAACGCUGCUACCUCUACCUCGUCAACUGUAUUGCCAAGCUCAGUUACACAAAUGUCUGGCGGUCAAGAUGUAUUCGUUCCGUUGGCUACGGGGGCAAUCCCUCCAGUUGUAACAUCAAGAGGUGACCACCCCGUGCCAAAGAAAGGAAUCGAAAACGUCAACACUCCAAUUGAGACCAACAAGUUCUACAGUGGUAUCUUCCUGGGAUCGCAGACUAAUGCUACUUUCACUCAUCCAUAUGCCGUUGCCUGGGCCAAAGGAAGUGGUACUGCACAGAGCUACGGUAUGGCACUUUGGCACAACGAAGCCAACGUGGUUGCCAACGGGCCGACGAACUCGAAGAUUCCCGGAAACCCGAUUUCGUAUUACGUGAACCCGGUCGGCAUUCAGCACUUGAUCUUGUCGGCAACAGAGCUGAAAGCUUCCACUGUGCUUACCGGGGAGAACCUCUUGCCGUUCUCUGCGGAUGCUGUCCUGAAACCAGACAGCGGGUCUAGCCAGCGCCUUACAGUCCCCCUUGUUCAAGGCAUGGGUUUCGUGACCGGCCUGUACACGAACUUGCAGCCUCUGAUUCAGACCGGCGUUUUCUUCAGACAGGUCGUUACGGCUGCCUCUCCAAGAUCUGGUAUUUUCAAAUAUAAGGCCACCAUGGAGGAUGGAAGCAUCUGGCUUAUCUAUGCCGUGCCGCAGAAUGGCAAGGAUCCUAAUUUCCAGUUAGAGUCUAACACCAACUUCCGUGGCCCGGCUGGGUGGUCUGGAUUUGUGCAAAUCACCAAGAACCCUAGUGGAGACUCGGGGGAGAAGUUGCUCGACGGGUCAGCUGGUGUUUUUGCUCUCGAAGCUGCUAUCUCUGGAACUGUGAAUGCCCGUACCGGCACGUAUCAGCUGUCGUGGGCCAAGUCAGGGACAAAGACGCAGGAUACACCCUUGAUGAUGUACGCUUUGCCUCAUCAUGUCGAGUCCUUCGAUGCCACAACGAAGAGUCGGAUGACAAGUAUCAAUCUCCGCACAACCACCAAGGGAAAUGCGAUAGCGGUCGUUGGAGAGACAUGGACUAUGGUCGAGCCGGAUCUUCCUACCGACAUGGGAUUUGCUCCAUGGUCCGCGUCUGCAGGAAAUGUCAACAGUAUCUCGGCAGCAGCGCAGAAGGUCAUUCUGGCCGUCGCACCGACGGAGCUUAACCAGAGCAUUGACGCCCAGACCAACUUGAACAGCAUGUACUACAGUGGGAAAGCUCUGAGCAAGUUCGCAACCUUGGUUUACACUGUAAACAAGCUAGGUGGGGACCCUGCUCUGGCUGCCUCGGCAUUACAGAAUCUGAAAACUGCCUUUUCGCGCUUCAUCACCAACCAGCAGCAAUUCCCAUUGGUGUAUGACACUGUCUGGAAAGGCGUGGUGUCCACGGCGAGUUACGGUGGUGAUUCAGGCGCCGACUUCGGAAAUACCUAUUACAAUGACCACCAUUUCCACUAUGGCUACUUUAUCCAUGCAGCUGCUAUCGUAGGCUCUUUGGAUCCGACUUGGCUGUCAACCAGCAAGGACUGGGUCAACAUGCUUGUUCGGGAUGCUGGAAACUCCGCCGCCAACGAUCCCUACUUCCCAUUUUCCCGCUCUUUUGAUUGGUUCAAUGGACAUUCGUGGGCCAAGGGACUCUUUGAAUCCUUCGAUGGCAAGGACCAGGAGUCUACCUCAGAGGAUACUAUGUUUGCCUAUGCGCUCAAAAUGUGGGGAAAGACCAUCGGCGACGCUAGUUUGGAAGCUCGAGGCAAUUUGAUGCUUGGAAUCCUGAGGCGCAGCUUGCACAACUACUUCCUGUUGGAAAGUGACAACAAGAACCAGCCUGCUAACUUCAUUGCCAACAAGGUGACUGGUAUUCUUUUUGAGAACAAGGUAGAUCACACUACCUACUUUGGUGCCAAUCUUGAAUAUGUUCAAGGAAUUCACAUGUUGCCACUGAUGCCAUUCUCCGGGUUUACUCGAAGGCAGAACUUCGUCCGCGAAGAGUGGGAUGCUCUCUUCGCAAGCACUGCCAGUACCCCUGCUUCAAACGUGGUUGGGGGCUGGAAGGGUGUUCUGUAUGCCAACUUGGCUCUGGUCGAUCCCGCAACCUCCUGGAAUUUCUUUGCGCAAUCCAAUUUCGACUACAGCUGGAUUGAUGGUGGCGCCUCUCGGACAUGGUAUCUGGCUUAUGCAGCCGGUUUGGGAGGAGCCUAG